AUGGGUUUAGCAGCACCUAAGAACAAGACCAAGAUCGGCAAUGAUCCCAACAAUACCAAAUGGACUCGGUCCACAACUGGGUUCGGCCAUCGCAUCAUGAGCUCUCAGGGUUGGACUCCUGGAAGUCUCUUGGGUGCCAAGAAUGCCGCCCAUGCCGACAUGCUGACCGCCGCCAGCGCCUCUCACAUCAAAGUCUCUCUCAAGGACGACACUCUAGGCUUGGGCGCUCGGUUAGGGCGACAAGGUGAACAGACCGGUCUCGAUGCCUUCAAAGGUCUACUCGGUCGACUGAACGGCAAGAGUGAGGAGGAGUUGAAAAAGGAUGAAAGCAAGCUUGAAGAUGUCCGAUUGGCUCGUUACGCCUCCCUCAAAUUCCCCCCAGUCAGAUUCGUCCGCGCUGGGUUGCUGGUCCAAGAAAAGGAACCCGAAAGCACCCCGGCCAAGCAAGAAAAGAAAUCGAGGUCGGACAAGAAGAAACGAUCCAAGUCUGCCGACGACGAAUCCUCCAGCGAUUCAGAUGCUCGCAAAUUGAAAAAAUCAAAAAGAUCGAAAUCGAAAUCGAAAAAGUCCCGUUCCAAGGAGGGAUCAGACGCGGAAUCGGGCUCGGAGACGAAGGAGAAGAAAAAGUCUAAGAAGAGAAAGGCCGAAUCUGAGGACCCCGAGAAAGUCUCUCCCGCAGUCCAGACGGCUGCUCCCCCUCGUGCACGACUACCAAUGGGUCGGCAGUUUACUCGUGCCCGUCACAUUGCCCAGAAAAGAAAAGCCAUCAUGGAUGACAAGUCUCUCAAUGAGAUCUUUAUGAUUAAAGCAUAG